UAAUGAAGUUCCAUCUUUUGAAAGGAAGAUAAAGAAAGAAAAGAAGAGAUCAUAUGAACCUGUACUGGCAAAGCAAUCACUUUGACCAGACCUACAUUCGUCCUUUAUCUUCUCUCUCGGAUUUUAAUCUGCAUCCUCUUCUUAUCUUCAAAGCCAUAGAAGGUUUUGUGAUAAUUUUUCUCAUUCUUCCUUCCUUCCUUCCGUGUUUACGUGAAACCCAUAACUUCUUUGUUGUUUUUAUUCAAUCAACCAGGCACUGUCAGUGAGAACACGUAAGUACAGUGGGAGUUAUAUAAUCAGGCAGACAUGGCCAUCAAAGAGGAUGUAGAGAGUGAUUUGCAGGAGGGCAUAACAGAUCCACUCAUGAGGGUAGAGAAGAACUUGGCUGAUGGAGGAAGCAGCAGAGGAGGGAAUCAAUGGAUGGUUUACCUCAGCACAUUUGUUGCAGUCUGUGGCUCUUACGAAUUUGGAUGCUGUAUCGGUUAUUCGUCGCCUACCCAGUCUGCCAUCAGGGAAGAUCUCAGUCUUACAUUAGCAGAGUAUUCAGUGUUCGGCUCCAUUGUGACAUUUGGUGCAAUGAUAGGCGCUAUUACAAUUGGGCCCAUCACUGAUUUUCUUGGUCGAAAAGGGGCCUUGAGAGUGUCUUGUGCUUUCUGUGUUGCAGGUUGGCUUGCUAUUUACUUUUCCAAGGGGGCUUUGUCUUUGGACAUUGGGAGACUGGCAACUGGAUACGGAAUGGGAGCCUUUUCGUACGUGGUCCCUGUUUUCAUAGCUGAAAUUGCACCCAAAAAUCUUCGAGGAAGAUUAACUGCUAUAAAUCAGUUAAUGAUCAUUUCUGGAGUGUCCAUUUCCUUCAUAAUUGGGGUACUAGUAAGCUGGAGGGCUUUAGCAUUAAUCGGACUAGUUCCCUGUGCAGUGACCAUUUUCGGUCUCUUUUUCAUUCCUGAGUCUCCAAGAUGGUUGGCGAAAACAGGACGCCAGAGAGAGUUUGAAAUGGCACUGCAGAAACUUCGUGGCAAAGAUGCUGACAUAUCUCAUGAAGCAGCAGAAAUACAGGAUUAUAUCCUAACUCUUGACCGGCUCCCUAAAGCCAAAUUGCUGGAUUUGUUUCAAAGGAGAUACUUGCGCUCAGUCAUGAUUGCAGUUGGGUUGAUGGUCUUUCAACAAUUGGGGGGAAUCAAUGGGGUCUGUUUCUAUGUCAGCAAUAUCUUUGAACAAGCAGGAUUUUCUUCCAGUGUUGGAACUAUAACUUACGCUAUUCUUCAGGUUGUGGUUACUGCCGUUGCUGCAUCCGUAAUGGAUAAAGCAGGACGAAAGCCUCUAAUUUUGGUGUCUGCGUCAGGGCUGGUACUUGGCUCUCUCCUGACUGCGAUUUCAUUCUUUCUGAAGGUUCAUGAAUUGGCACUCACGGCAACUCCCAUACUUGCUGUAACUGGCAUACUGAUAUAUAUAGGAUCCUUCUCAAUAGGAAUGGGAGCAGUUCCUUGGAUUGUGAUGUCUGAGAUAUUCCCUAUAAAUAUUAAAGGGCAGGCUGGAAGCUUUUCAACUUUAGUGAACUGGCUGGGUGCAUGGUUGUGUUCCUACACCUUCAACUUUCUUAUGAGUUGGAGCUCCUAUGGUACCUUCAUUCUGUAUGCAGCCAUCAAUGCUCUGGCUAUAUUGUUCGUGAUCUUGAUGGUACCAGAAACGAAAGGGAAAACCCUGGAACAAAUCCAAGGAGACAUUAAUAAAUAGAGAAUUGAAGGAAGAAUUAAAAAAAAAAAAAAUGAAGAGCAUUUUUUUGUGGUCAUUCGUUGUCGUUGAAAAUUUUGACAGCACAGUGCAGCAGAUUGGUUGAUGGAAUCUUGAGAGACGCUUUCAAACCACACAAAUAUUGUACUGCUACUGUUUACCCCACAAAAACAUUGUCCCUACUUCCUUUUCAUUUGUUGCUAUGACUUUUGA